AUGAUGAAAAUCGAUAGUGCUACUACUACAUGGGAAGAGAUCGUUUCCGAAAAACGAUUGUUGCGAGACCAGGCUUUGAAGCCCUAUGUGGUUGGUGACAUAGAUCGACGCAGCCCUCGAACCCAUAGUGUCGAUGGUCGUUCUCGUCUCGAUUGCGAUUCGACGAUUCAGGAGAUCACUGAUAUCUCCAAUGUUUCUACUUUGUUGGAUCUAUUUGGUCAGGGAAAAUUAACUGCCGAAAGGGUCACUUUGGCAUAUAUCAAAAGAGCCGUGGUAGCACAUCAAAUAACAAAUAGCAUCACGGAGCCCAACUUCGACGACGCAUUGGCCCAAGCCAGAGAGUUGGACCACGAUUUUAAUAAAACUGGAAAACUAAAGGGCCCCCUCCAUGGCAUACCCAUAACUCUAAAGGACCAAUUCAAUAUUAAGGGUCUGGAUACGACGCUGGGCUAUGUUGGCCGUUCAUUUAAGCCGGCUAUGGAUGAUUCAGUUUUGGUGCAGAUGCUUAAGGAUAUGGGUGCUGUGAUCAUUGCUAAAACGAAUCUGCCGCAGAGUAUCAUGUGGGCUGAGACCGAGAACCCUCUUUGGGGUCUCACGACAAACCCCCGGAACCCCGACUUCACCCCUGGCGGUUCUACUGGUGGUGAGGCAGCUUUGUUAGCGUUGCAUGGCUCUAUUCUUGGCUUCGGCACGGACAUUGGAGGCAGUAUCAGAAUCCCUCAAGCCGUUAUGGGUUUGUAUGGAUUCAAGCCUAGUAGUCCGCGAUUCCCUUACAACGGCGUCGCCGUAUCCACUGAAGGCCAGGAACAUGUCCCUUCCUCUAUUGGACCAAUGGCCCGCGAUCUUGAAUCCAUCUGUUACAUAACUCGCUUAGUCGCAGACAGCAUGCCCUGUAAUUUCGACCCAAGAUGCUUACCGCUCCCCUGGAAUGAAUUCGCUUUCCGAGAAAUCCAAUCUCGGCCUAUGGUGAUCGGACUCAUCCUUGACGACGGCGUUGUGAAGCCGCACCCACCAAUUGAACGGGCUCUGCUCGCACUCUCCAACAAGCUCCAGGCACAGGGUCAUGAAGUUAUACUAUGGGAUACAUCUGACCAUCUACAGUACAUUCAGCUCAUGGACCUCUACUACUCGGCUGAUGGCUGUGAAGAUAUCAUUCGCGAUGUCAAUGCUGCUUGCGAGCCUUUUAUCCCACACGUCAGUUCUCUGAUUAGCCGCGGAAAUGCCAUCUCAGUCUACGAAUACUGGCAAUUAAAUAAACGAAAGUUUGAGCUUCAAAAAAGAUAUCUUGAUAAAUGGAAUACAACCUGCUCAUCUUCUGGAAGGCCUGUCGAUGUCCUCUUAUCGCCUACACUUCCGCAUACUGCGGUCUCGCAUCGAGCCAUUCGGUGGGUAGGAUAUACUAAGAUUUGGAAUCUAUUGGACUAUCCAGCUAUUACAUUUCCAGUCGACGAGGUUAGGAGGAAUAUCGAUCGCCUGCCAGAUGUGCCUUACUGUCCAAGAAAUGAGAAUGACUCAUGGAACUGGAGCCAAUAUGAUUUAGAGAUCAUGGAAGGCCAUCCAGUCAAUCUGCAAGUGAUUGGGAAGAGACUUGAGGAGGAAAAGGUACUAGGUGCUGCUGCUGUCAUUGAGAAUAUCUUGAGGGAUGGCAAACUCUAA